AUGUUCUUCCUCAAAGAGCUUGAGAAGACGAUCCAGCUGCAUCCCUCAUACUUUGGCCCCCUCAUUCGCCAGCAUAUCCAUCGAGAAUUACUGCAAAAGGAAGAGGGCUCAAGCACAGGAAAAUAUGCCAUCGUGUGCAUACUGGACGCGUUCGAGAUCUCUGAUGGUAAAGUGAUGCCUGGGUCUGGAUCUGCCGAGUAUGUCGUGCACUACAAGGCCAUCGUCUGGCGACCAUACAAGGGAGAGGUGGUGGACGGUGUCGUCGUCUCCGUCCUCCGCACUGGCUUCUUUGUAGAUUGUGGUUCUCUGCAGGUAUUCGUGGGCCGCCAUAUGAUUCCGAGCGAGGUCAAAUUCGAUGCCAACGCGACACCACCGCAGUGGACCGACGAUGGUGAGCAGGUGAUUGAAAAGGGUACCAACAUCCGCAUCAAGAUCAAGGGUCUGAGAUCUGAGGUGGAAAAGAUGUACGCUGUUGGCACAAUGAAAGAGUCUGCAUCUACAUCAGGCAUCAGUGUCCUCACACUUAAGCGCAGUGCCUUGCUUCCGUUAAGACGACGACGCAUUGCCAAUUGGUUUGCGCAAAGCAAAGCAGCGAAUGAACACAAGGACUAUUGUAACAACACAGCUGCACGAGGCGUUUCGUCAACAGAAUUACGAAGUUUUAUCGCGUUUGAAAUAAUUUGGAUUCUGGAAUUUGUAAUUCGAUCUCACGUGAUGUCCCCGCCCCGUCUCAAAGAGUGGCUUGGACCAUUUCGGCCAACGCGAGCUCUCACACCUCCGCCUAACUCCGCAGCUGAGGACCCCUUGGUCACCAACUUGCAGCGCGCAAUCAUAGCGCAACAACUUGCUGCAGGCUCCUUUACCCCCGGCAAAUACACACACCUUACACACGACGUCAGCAUGCCUCGCGAACGCGCCGUGCACGAGGAGGAGGCGGAGCUCUUGUCCAAAGAGCAAUCCGCACGCCAUCUAGAAGAUAGCUACGAUGAUUCUACAUCUUCUAUAUCCACCACCUCGCUCGUUCUUGAACAUAUCAACGAUCCCUCUAUCAAUAGCACAUUGCGUGCGCAGCGGGGAGAGAAAUAUACGGAUGACGAUGAGCCCGGGCAGACACACGAGCAAUUCGACAUUGAAGACGGACGAUAUCAAGCCCCUGUAGCCGUAGACAAAAAGGCACGCAGGUUGCUAUGGAUCAUCGGGUCGAUAUGUGUAGUUGGCUGGGGCCUUGCGCUGGUGUUCUUCCUGAUGAGCGGGUCCUAUAAGCCGAUUUCGAGUCGCCCGCACGAUCCGUUGGCAAGUUCUACAAAAGGCUCUGGGAAGAAGGUGACCAUGGACGAGGUCUUCGAGGGGCACUUCUCCGCCCGACGACAGAGCGUAUCUUGGAUAUCGGGACCGAGCGGAGAAGACGGCCUGUUGCUUGAGAAGGGUGCAAGCGAUGGGGCGUACCUGGCGGUGAAAGACAUUAGGAGUAGAGAUAAAGAUCAUGCAUCAAAGCCUGCACCCAAAACGAUACUCAUGAAGAAGGGCAGUUUCGAGGUAAAUGGAAAGACAAUCUCCCCUUCCAACGUCUCGCCUAGUAAAGACUUCAAGAAAGUGCUGGUCAGCUCCGACGUCAAGAAGAACUGGCGGCACUCAAGCACGGGCAAGUUUUGGAUCUUCGACGUUGAGACGCAGACUGCAGAGCCUCUCGACCCAGAGCACGCAGAGGACAGGGUACAGCUGGCACAGCUGUCCCCACAGUCCGAUGCGAUUGUCUUUACACGGGACAACAACAUGUUUUUGCGCAAAUUAAAUUCUAAAGAGGUGGUCCAGAUUACCAAGGAUGGAGGAUCUGAACUCUUCUACGGCAUACCCGAUUGGGUCUACGAGGAAGAGGUGUUUGCAAGUAAUAUAGCAACCUGGUGGUCCGAGGACGGCAAGUACGUCGCUUUCCUGCGCACCGACGAGUCAACUGUGCCCACAUUCCCUGUGCAGUACUUUAUUUCACGACCAAGUGGAAAGGAGCCCAAACCGGGUGAAGAGAGUUACCCUGAAGUCCGUGACAUCAAAUACCCCAAGGCAGGCGCGCCAAAUCCUAUCGUAUCAUUACAAUUCUACGAUGUUGCCAAGAACGAGGUCUUCAGCGUCGAAAUCGAAGAUGACUUCACAGAUGAUAAUCGUCUCAUCACUGAGAUUGUCUGGGCUGGCAAGAGUGGGAAGGUACUCGUCCGGGAGACAAACCGAGAAAGCGACAUACUCAAGGUGGUACUUAUCGAUGUUCAGAAGCGCUCUGGAAAGACUGUGAGGACUGAAAAUGUUGCUGAGCUUGACGGUGGCUGGUUUGAAGUUUCGCAGAAGACAUCCUUUGUGCCUGCUGAUCCUGACAACGGUCGCCAAGAGGAUGGGUAUAUCGACACCAUUAUUCAUGAAGGCUAUGAUCACAUUGGCUAUUUUACUCCGCCGGAUAACGACAAGCCCGUUGUGCUCACACAGGGUCAAUGGGAAGUUGUAGAUGCACCCUCACGAGUCGACCUGAAAAACAACCUCGUGUACUACAUGUCUACGGAGAAGAGCUCCAUCGAGCGGCAUCCUUAUUCCGUAUACCUGAAUGGCACCGGCAAGCAAGAAGUCGUAAGCGACAGUGGUUCUGGCUACUAUAGCGCCUCCUUUUCCUCUGGUGGAUCCUUCGCUCUGAUCUCCUAUGAAGGCCCGGGUAUUCCCUGGCAAAAGAUCAUUAGCACACCCACCAAUACGGAAAAGUAUGAGAAAGUGAUAGAAGAAAACAAGUCCCUCGACCGCGUCGUCCGCGAGCGGGAGCUCCCCACUCUCCACUACGAGACUAUUGACGUCGAUGGCUUCACUCUCAACGUCCUUGAACGCCGCCCUCCUCACUUUAACGCGAAGAAGCAAUACCCUGUAUUGUUCUACCAAUAUAGUGGUCCUGGUUCCCAGACUGUGGACAAGCAGUUCAGGGUUGAUUUCCAAUCCUACAUUGCUUCUUCUCUCGGCUACAUCGUCAUCACAGUUGAUGGUCGUGGUACCGGUUUCCUCGGCCGUAAAUUUCGUUGCAUCACGCGUGGCAACAUUGGGUACUACGAGGCCCACGAUCAAAUCGCCGUAGCUAAGCUCUGGGCUGCGAAGAAGUAUGUUGACAAAGAGCGUCUUGCGAUCUGGGGUUGGAGUUACGGCGGCUUCAACACCCUUAAGACGCUUGAGCAAGAUGGUGGGAAGACGUUCAAAUAUGGUAUGGCUGUUGCACCUGUGACAGAUUGGAGAUUUUAUGGUAAAUCAACCCUCUCCUACUUCGAUGCCUUCUUCCCGGGUCCAUCGCCCACCCCACCUCCCAACUUAUGCCCGAAUUCACUAACAUCCCAUGCCUUUUCAGACUCCAUAUACACGGAACGCUACAUGCACACGCCCCAACACAACACCGCCGGCUACAACAACAGCACGAUCAGCGACGUAAUCUCCUUGUCCCAAAAUGUCCGCUUCCUCGUCAUGCAUGGCGUGGCUGACGACAACGUGCACAUGCAAAAUACGCUUAAUCUACUCGACAAAUUGGAUCUAGGGGGUGUGGAGAAUUACGAUGUCCAUGUCUUUCCGGAUAGUGAUCAUAGUAUUUACUUUCACAAUGCUAAUCGCAUCGUCUAUGAUAAACUACGAUGGUGGCUUAUCAAUGCGUUUAAUGGUGAGUGGGUUAAAAUCAAAAAAGCGGAGCCCAAGGCACAGAUUGAUGGAAAGGACCGACGGCGCUGA